AUGUUUUCUUUUUUACUUGGCUUUUUUGAGCACAUUGGCUUUUCUGAACUCAGUUCGAGUGCAAUAUCGACUAAGAUAUCUCUAGAAGAUAAUAUACUUGGACAGUUUAAUAUUGAUGCUAUACAUGAAAGAUGUUCGGUGGUACUUAAAGAAUAUUUGAAAAGCAAAGAAAAUUUUGUGUUAAUGGCUAAAACUUACUUUUUAUUGCACAAAAUUCCGAGAAAAGUAUUGGAAAAGUUCUAUAUUGAUGUUGUAACUGAUUAUUAUAAGCGAGUAAGGAAAUUUCCUUUCCCUGACAGCGAAUUUAGAGAAGUUGCACGUGAAGCUUUCGAUAAGAAAAAAAGUAUGUUAAAGUUUCUUUUUUCCACGGAUCAUUUCGCCAAAGAUACAUAUAAUGAUGCUGCUGCAACAGUCAUAGGUGGUAUAAAAUUAGAUAAAGAAUUAGACGAAAAGCUUAUUAAAGUUGUUCAAAGAUUUAUCGGAGAUUUAGAUGCAAGUUUGAGUAAUUUUUUAGAAGAGGAUUUAAAAAUUAAAUUAACUGAGAGGAAACUAGAAUAUAAUUCAUUGAAGCUUUCAUAUAUUGAAAAGGCACUGGCUGAGAUAUAA